GUUUAAGUUAUAAAAUCGGUCCAAUUUUAAAGUUGAAAUAAUUGCUGGUGUAGUUAUUGCAUGUUGGCAAUUAGAGAUGAUAUUUCUCUAUAAAUAAAAUAGAAGUCUCGAAGUACACACAUCUACUCCAACCUUCUCCUCUUCCACAAAAUUCAUCAAUGGCUACAACUCCAGGAUUUCUCACUGACUGGCCUUGGAAACCACUUAGAAGUUACAAGUAUGUGGUAUGGGCACCAUGGGUGGUGAAGAGUACAUAUGAUUUCAUCACAUCGGAUGCAAAAGAUAGAGAUUAUGGCCUUAUGUUGAUCUUUCCCUUCAUGUUGUUCCGAAUGCUCAACAAUCAGUUUUGGAUUUCACUCUCUCGUUACAAAACCGCCAAAGGCAAAAACAGAAUUGUUGACAAGACCAUUGAGUUUGACCAAGUCGACCGUGAAAGAGAUUGGGAUGAUCAAAUAAUAUUCAACGGGUUAUUGUACUAUAUCGGAUUUUAUUCAUUAGAUGAAUCCAAACAAUUGCCUCUUUGGAGAUUAGAUGGAGUGAUCAUUGUAACUUUGCUACACAUGGGAGUCGUAGAGUUUCUUUAUUAUUGGCUACAUAGAGCCCUCCACCACCAUUACCUCUACAAUCGCUAUCAUUCUCACCAUCAUUCUUCAAUCGUCACCGAACCAAUCACAUCUGUGAUUCAUCCAUUUGGUGAGCACAUUGCCUACUUUAUGCUGUUUGCAAUACCAUUGCUGACCGUGACCCUAACCAAGACUGGGUCCAUUGUUGCAUUCGCUGGCUAUGUUACCUACAUUGAUGUGAUGAACAACAUGGGCCAUUGCAACUUUGAGCUAAUCCCGAAAAUAGCCUUCUCAAUCUUCCCUCCUCUCAAAUACCUGAUGUACACCCCUACGUAUCAUUCUUUGCAUCAUACUCAAUUCAGAACCAAUUAUUCCCUGUUCAUGCCAUUCUACGACUAUGUCUAUGGCACACUCGACAAAUCUACAGACACAUUGUACGAAAAAUCACUUAAGCAGGAAGAUGAGUCACCAAAUGUGGUACAUUUAACACAUCUAACAACUCCAGAAUCCAUCUACCACAUGAGACUUGGGUUUGCGUCGGUUGCUUCUAAGCCAUACACAUCUCCCAAAUGGUACUUGCUCAUGCUAUGGCCUGUCACGAUGAUAUCAAUGCUAAUUACUUGGAUUUAUGGCAAAACCUUCGUAGUUGAAAGAAAUGUUUUUAAAAAUCUCAUAAUGCAAACGUGGGCCAUACCAAAAUACAAGAUACAAUAUUUCAUGGAAUGGCACAGAGAGAGUAUCAACGAAUUGAUUGAAAAUGCGAUACUGGAAGCCGACGUAAAAGGGGCCAAAGUUGUAACUCUAGGUCUACUCAAUCAGGCGGAGGAGUUGAAUGGAAGCGGGGAGCUUUUCAUAAGGAGAAAUCCGAAACUAAAAGUGAAGCUGGUGGAUGGUAGUAGCCUAGCAGUUGCUGUGGUUCUCAAUAGCAUACCCAAAGGCACCACUCAAGUUGUUAUUAGGGGCAACUUCAAUAAGGUUGCUUAUUCCCUUGCCCUAGCUCUAUGUCACAAGGGUAUUCAGGUUUCAAUAUCUCGAUCCCACAACUAUCAACGACUUAAAUCAGAGCUUGAAUUGUCCGGUGAUCAAGAUAAAUUGAUUACUAUGAGAAGUUGCUCACAAAAAGUGUGGUUGGUGGGAGAUGGGCUAAGCAAAGAAGAAGAGUUAAAGGCAUCAAAGGGAACCCUAAUCAUCCCUUACUCUCAAUUCCCUCCAAAGAGAGUGAACAAAGAUUGUUUUUAUUAUACUACCCCUGCCAUGUUGACUCCCAAACAUCUUGAGAAUGUUGACUCUUGUGAGAAUUGGUUGCCAAGAAGGGUGAUGAGUGCAUGGAGAAUAGCUGGAAUAUUACAUGGCUUAGAAGGAUGGAAUGUUAAUGAAUGUGGGAAUGAGAUGUUCAACAUUGAUAAAAUUUGGCAAGCAAGUCUUCUACAUGGCUUUACUCCUCUGACGACAUCAUUUAAAUAAAACUUGAAACCUAUCAGUUUGAUGUUUUGAGGGGCCCACAAAUGGUUUGGACCGGCCACAUAUUAUGCAG